CAGCGAUCAGCUGACGGUGUCAAUGCCUCGAUGUUUGCACAGCAGUGGGACUCACGGCUGUUCGUCAUACACUAUAACUCCAGUAUUGAAUAGAAGGUUCCGCCAUCCGUGGCCUGAAAGUCCACCCAAAUGGCGAGCACAUCGUGUACCCGAUGGGCAACAAGGUGUGUGUUCAGCACUGGAAGACCAAGAAGAUGAACUUCCUCAGCGGCCAUACCAACAGCGUGUCCACAGUGGCCAUAUCCCCCAAAGGCACGUACAUCGGCAGUGGUCAGAUCAACCACAUUGGAUUCAAAGCCAUGACUUGCAUCUGGGAUUUUAAGAAGAAGAUUUUGAUUGGGAAUCAUGAGCUGCAUAAGGUCCGAGUGGAAGCGCUAGUCUUCUCAUCAGAUGAGCACUACAUGAUAUCCCUCGGGGGCCGCGACGACGGCUCGCUGGUGUUAUGGGACUGCGUCAACAACGCGGCUACGGGCACCGCCCAGGCGGCUAGACUGACUACUGGAGACGCCAUGACGGUCGCGCCGCUGUCUCUGAGGAACAUGUCUUUUGUCACUGGCGGAGACUCGAACCUGCGGGUCUGGAACAUUCGACCGGAGAGCAAGAACCUGGACGUACAGGACGUGGCACUGGGCAAGCUGCGUCGCUGCGUGCGCUGCAUCGCCGUCAGCCGCGACGACACCUACGGCAUGGCCGGCACCACGACUGGCGACAUGAUAAAGUUUUCCAUCAACUACCCGUCAGAUCCGAAGGCUUCUGUCUCGCACUGUAAGCCCGCCAUCAUAGGAUGCCUGGCCAAGUGCGGUGCGUGGAAGAAGGGCAAACGACCUGACUCCAUCUGUUACUCUCAAGGUGUAGAGGCGCUAAUCAUAUUGGACGACGGUUGCCUGAUCGUGGGCGCUGGAGACGGCACCAUAGACAUCCUGGACGAGAUCAACUGGAAGGGACGCUUCCCCAAGAGCAAGAUCCUCGACCCUAACAAGCCGCACUUUAAAGCUUUACGUUCAUGCAAGUUAGAAGGAAGCAUAACCUCUCUGGAGCUGAUGGAGUCCCCAGCGAUGCAGGCCGACCGCCGGCUAUUGCUCGCCGGGACUCGAACCAGCGAGAUAUACGCCAUCAACAUCCACACGUUCGCACCUACCCUCGUUGUCACCUGCCACAGAUGCGCUAUCAACGAUAUUGCUUUCCCUUUAGGCAUGUCAGGCGUAUUCGCGACGGCGGGUGCUGGCGACGUCCGUGUGUGGUGUCUGGAGACCUGCCAGGAGUUGCUGCGCGUGGUGGUCCCCAACUUCACAUGCUCCUCACUGCUGUUCAGCGCCGAUGGCAAGUCCAUCGUGUCUGCCUGGAACGACGGCAAUAUCCGUGCGUUCACCCCGCUGACAGGAAGACUGAUCUACUGUAUAUACAACACUCACAAUAAGGGAACGUCUGCUAUUGGCAUGACGCGCGACGGACGAACGCUCGUCUCCGGAGGGUGUGAAGGACAGGUCAGAGUAUGGGACAUCAAGCCACAAUGCCAGAGCCUGAAGAAGGUGCUGAAAGAGCACAAAUCUCCCGUCUCAGCCAUACAGGUGCAUCCCAACGACACGGAAGCUGUCAGCGCGGGGACAGAUGGAUCUUGCAUUAUAUGGGAUUUGAUCUCGCUCUCUCGGCGGCAAGUGAUGUACGCCAACACCCUGUUCAUGUGCGUGUGCUUCGAGCCACAAGGAUGUCAGCUGCUGACCGGGGGCACAGACCGGAGGGUCGCCUACUGGGAGACCGGUAGCGGGAACCUGGCCAGAGAGCUGGAGGCGAGCAAAGUGGGCGCCAUUAACGGGCUACACAUUUCAGAAGAUGGCAAUCUGUUCGUUACAGGAGGAAAUGAUCAGAUGGUCAAGCUGUGGCGGUAUCAGGAGGGCAUAUACACGCACAUGGGCCUGGGCCACGCCGGCGCGGUCACGUGCUGCCGGUUCAGCCCCGACAUGCGGCACGCCGUCAGCUGCUGCGCCGCCGGCAGCAUCAUCGUCUGGAAGGUGCCUGAGCAAUACAUACCGAAGCCGCAGCCACAGCCGGGCACUGGUCGGUCUACGGAGAGCAAGAAGGCAGCUCCCGCCAAACCGAAGACCAUGCAGGAAGAACUACGACUGCCGUUAGACGCGCCCUCCAACGCGGCCGGAGACAGACCAAACAAGGUCCCUGCGGCGCCUAACAAGGUGGAGAAGAUAGAGUCAAUAGACACGACGCGCGGCAGCGUGCACGCAUGUUGCCCGUGCGACCCGAGCGUGCGCUCGCGCAAGUCCGAAGCCACGCCUAAGGCCAGCGGCGGCAGCGGGGUCAAGUGCUGUGUGCCGCCAAACCUGCCGACGAGGACGACAAGCAAGGAGUUUGUGAGUGGCGGCGGCGAUAGAAAAUGAUGAAUUUAGUACAAGGACGGGCCAAAAAAUGCCACACCGCACCAAUUUUGUCUAAAAAAAAACAAAAUUGCAAUUUGACAUUUGUAAAAGUGCGCAAUACAAACAAAUGUCAAAUACCAAUAAGUAUUACUUUUUUAGAUGGCUCGCUUCGAUGUGCCCUUUUUAACCCCACCAGUUCAUAAUUUAUAUUAUAAUGUUGAAGAGGUUUGUAUUGUUUCUUCACAAUAAAAUAUAGCGAAUCCA